ACUGUGACCCGCAUGCUUCGCCCAGCCACUCCUUUUCCCUGAGAGCAAACGUCCUGGGGCGCUUGUCUCGUCGCCGUGGCCUCUGAACCACGGCAUUCUUUAGAAGGAGCCGGGCGGGGACGCCUCUCGGGAUCGUACCGCGGCUCUAGCGCACCCGGGUGGCGGCACUGCGCUCGCGGGGCAGCUGCGGGGACGCGCGGAGGGGACGCCGCAGAGGGGAACCUGGAAGGGUAGCGGCGAGGGGCGCGGCGUCGCCGGAAGCUGGGGUGGGGGCACCCGGGAGCGAUGCAGUGAAGGGUGAGCGACGCGGCGGCGGCGAUGAGUGCCUCUGCGGCCACCGGGGUGUUCAUGCUGUCCCUCUCAGCCAUCCCGGUCACCUACAUCUUCAACCACCUGGCGGCCCAGCACGAUUCCUGGACCAUUGUUGGGGUUGCUGCCCUCAUCCUGCUCCUGGUGGCCCUUUUGGCUCGGGUCCUCGUCAAAAGAAAACCACCACGGGACCCUCUGUUUUAUGUGUAUGCGGUGUUCGGAUUUACCAGCGUGGUGAACCUCAUCAUAGGCUUGGAGCAAGACGGCAUCAUUGAUGGGUUUAUGACUCACUACCUGAGAGAGGGUGAACCGUAUCUGAACACGGCCUAUGGGCACAUGAUCUGCUACUGGGAUGGCUCUGUUCAUUACCUGAUGUACCUGGUGAUGGUGGCCGCCAUCGCAUGGGAGGAGAGCUACAGAACCAUCGGCCUAUACUGGGUGGGCUCCAUCAUCAUGAGCAUUGUGGUCUUUGUGCCUGGAAACAUUGUAGGAAAAUAUGGAACACGGAUUUGCCCUGCAUUCUUCUUAAGCAUACCAUAUACGUGUCUUCCGGUCUGGGCUGGCUUCAGGAUCUACAGUCAGCCAUCAGAAAACUAUAAUUAUCCCUCAAAGGUUCUUCAAGAAGCCCAAGCAAAGGCCCUCCUGAGAAGACCAUUUGACCUCAUAUUGGUUGUGUGUCUUUUCUUGGCGACUGGAUUUUGCCUGUUCAGAGGCCUGAUUGCUUUGGACUGCCCAGCUGAGCUCUGCCGACUCUACGCACAGUUUCAAGAGCCCUACCUAAAGGACCCUGCUGCUUAUCCUAAAAUUCAGAUGCUGGCGUACAUGUUCUAUUCUGUCCCUUACUUUGUGAUUGCACUGUAUGGCUUGGUGGUCCCUGGAUGCUCAUGGAUGCCUGACAUAACGCUGGUCCACGCGGGAGGUCUAGCUCAGGCGCAGUUUUCCCACAUCGGUGCAUCUCUCCAUGCUAGAACUGCUUAUGUCUACAGAGUCCCCGAAGAAGCAAAAGUCCUGUUUUUUGCAUUAAACAUAGCAUACGGCGUUCUUCCUCAGCUCUUGGCCUACCGCUGCACCUACAGUCCCGAGUUCUUCAUGAGAACAAAGGCAGAUGAGAAGGUGGAAUGA